AUGUCCGCUAGCCGUUUCGAACCAUCAAGCAUUAAAAACAAGAUAAAACGGGAGGAGAUUUCUCGUAAAUCAAAGAAAGCUAAAAAUCAACACAAGCUUCAAAAGCGGCUGGCUCAAGCGAAGGAAGAGGCCAAUGAUCCCGCAGCUAAAAAGAAACGACUAGCUGAAAAUGUUCCACGCACACUCGAUAAUACUCGCGAAUUUGAUCCAUCCAUCCUCACAGCCGACCCCUCGAGUUCAGCUGGGGGUUCAUUCUCUGGGCAAGAGGAGGUAGCGGCUGAUCUUGCAGCAGAUCCAUUUGCAUCGUACUUCACCUCAGAAGACGAUCCAAGCAUUCCACCCAAGAUAUUGAUCACAACGUCGCCCAAAGCUUCGACGUCGACGUACGACUUUUGUGACGAGUUAGUAGGAGUCUUCCCAGGCGCGGAAUUUAUUCGUCGAAAAAAAGGAAAGGGCUUUGAGCUGGGAAGGAUAGCCGGUUGGGCUGCAGACCGUGGCUACAAGCAUUUGUGUGUGGUCAACGAGGACAUGAAGAAACCAAACGCCAUUACCCUUGUUCAUCUGCCCAACGGUCCUACAGCGUAUUUCAAACUCACGUCGGUUGAGUUAACCAAACAGAUAUAUGGACAUGCACGAGCGACAUCACACCACCCCGAACUCGUCUUGAAUGGCUUCGUUACGCGGCUUGGUCACGCUGUUGGACGUCUCUUCCAAACCACUUUUCCUCCUUUACCUGAGUUCCAAGGACGGCAAAUCGUGACUCUCCACAACCAACGUGAUUUCCUGUUUUUUAGGCGGCAUCGUUAUGCUUUCCGAUCUCCGGAAAAGGUUGCCCUCCAAGAGAUCGGCCCACGCUUCACUCUUAAACUGCGUUGGUUGAAAAAGAACAUUCCGGCAGUGCAGAAUUUUGGAGAGCAACCUCAACCUCUCGCCUUCGACUCGGAGCCAACGGAGACACAGUCCAAGGAAGCGGCUUCUGAACAAAUUCCGAAGAAGGUUGUACCUCCGAAGCAGGACGAAUAUAUCUGGACGUGGAAGCCGGAAUUGGAGACAACAAGGCGCACUUUCUUCUUGUGA